GCAGAUCCGGAAAUUAACAAUCCCGUGAUGUUAGAGGAAUGUUAGCAUAGCAUCGGAAUGACUGCAGUGCCUCCUCCUCGCUACGCAUCUUCUACCAAACCUUCACACUGUCAGUUAACAGUUUAGCUCCGCUCUCUUCUAUAAAGCAUGAAGCUACAGCAGUGUAACGCUGCCGGACCUCUGUAUCCCUCCGCUCGGACGGUAAAGACAUGAAUCCCACCACCGGACCUGACGGACCCGCUAUGCUAGCCCCGCUGGAGCCAGAGGUCGGACUCAUGAACCGUGCAAGCUAACAGGCUUGUCGAUAAAGAAUAGAGGUGAAGGAAAUUACUGGAGACAGGAGCGCGGAUAUGUCACGGUUUGUUUUGGAAGAGUUGUCCGAUUUCGGAGACUUCUCUGGAAACCAGAAGCUGAGUGAAUUGCUAAGUUUUUCUAACGAUGAGCGCAGCAGGAGCAGGCUGUCAGAUGUUCGUGUGAGCCCAGAUGGACGUCACAUCCAUGUCCUCCUCCGCCAGCCUAAGGUUGGUCUCAUGACUUUUGACAGGCAGGAAAGACCCCAGCUGGCUCUCAACCCGAAGAAGUUAGAUGUGUGGUUGAAAGGCGGGCACCCCAUAGUGGACGUUUUCUACCUGGACCUGAACAGAGCCAAGGGGGCGGGAGCUGUUGCUGUGGUCGUUUAUGAGAAUGGGAAAGCAGAGUUUUGGAAAUUCCUGGAGUGCAAGACCGGCUGGCAUCUGCUGCAGACCUCGGAUCUGUGCAACAGCCCCCGGGCCAGAGUUGUGUCUGUGAGCGCCUGCUCCAGCAUCCUGGUGUGGUGUGAGGAGCGACCGGCCUCAGAAAGCUCUCCUGUCCUCAGCUCCUCCAGGAACAAGCUGAGAUACUGCGUCUGCAGACGGGACUGGGAGGUGGAGGAUGGAGCGGUGAGCCUUGGAGGGCUGAAAAUCAUCCUGCACAAUAAUCCUAAAUAUACGGUCAUCAGCUCAGGGGAUUAUGUUCAUCUUCUGCCUUAUCUAAAAAUCAAAUCGCAGCUAUGCGUCUCCAAAUUCUUCCUAACGUGGUCUCCUCACCACGAUUCCUUCACCAUCAACACCUUGUGCAAAAACACCCCAAUAAAGAAGCUUUCAGCCAAAGAAUCAGACUUUAGGCGGCUGGUUACUGAUAGUUUGGGAUAUUUAUCGGACGUUGAGCCUCCAGAAAUCUGCAGCUUUUCUCCUACAGGCUGCGGAGGCCUGCUGCUGCUCCUCAGUACAGGCUGGCUCUAUCUCCUGCAGAAGGACGGAAUAAUGCGACAGGUGUACAAGCUGGCUGAAAACUUUAUGCUUCAGGACUCUCACAUCAGCCUGUGCAUGUAUGCAGACACCGUGGCACUAAUAGCUGGGAAAACCCUGCAUCUCUUAGAGUUGAACUGUGGUAGAGAGCUGCAAAAGGUUGCAUUAAAGAGAGAGGGGUUGUUAUAUGCAAACCAGACUGAAAGAGGGAUUCCUCAUCUGCUCUCAGACACUGGACUUUUUAUGCUUGUGGAGAAGGACCCUACAGGGAAGCCUCUUGGUUCUGGUCCGGUGGAGGGUGUGCAUCCUGGAGCCCUCCUGGUUGAAGCCGUGUUCGAGGAGGCCUGCAAAUACUACCAGCAGAGGAGCCUCAGCAGCACGCAGCUCACAGUGGACAUCCUAAAGAAAGGGGGGCGGUUCCAGGCUCCCAUCUCUUUAGCAUCUGUGCUCAGGAACUAUCUCAACUCAGGGUUGAGGAGGAAUGACACAGAGGCGAUACAGAAUGGAGCAGAUGAAUAUAUUGCUGCACAUGAGAAAUUAAUGUGCUCCCUGGAGGGCGAGCUCAGGGCUCUGGUCUCUCUUGAGGAGCUGAAGGGUAGUUUAGUGAGGGGGAGCGUUAAAGAGGUGGAGGCGGUGUGUGAGAGUCUGGUGGAGAAGGAGGUGGUGAGGUUGCUGUCGUCACCUGAGCUGAACAGAGAAGCAUUGCUCUACCUGAACUCCAUCUUCAGCAUCUUCCCCAGCCAGGCGUGGAGAGCUGCACAGGCAGCGCUGCAGCUGCACUACAACGGGGACGGCUCCCUGUCCAGCAAGGCCUCCACAGAUGUGUGGAAAACAGUCCUCAGUCCGUGUCCAAACUCCUUUCUGUUUGCAAACGGACAGUCAAAACACAGCCACAGUCUGAGAGGCGAUUUCAACUGUAAGGUCAAACCUGCAGCUCCCACCUCCCCUGCUGCUCUGCCUGUGUUUGAGCUUCUCUGCCAGUCGGUCUUUCACUUCCAGCCCAGCUGGCUGCCGAGGUUUUUGGAGCUCUCCCAGCAGCAGCAGGGCUCCGCAGUGUUGGGACUGAGCCUGGUUUCUUCCUCCUGGGGCCUUUCCGGUGGGAGAGGAGGGGAGGGCGGGGAGAACAACGUGCCUCUCUAUAAGCGAGCGCUCUGGGUCCUGUCCAACCUGAAUCCAGAUGGAGAUCAACGCCAGGAGCUGGAGGUGGAGCUGCUGCUGGUCAGUGGGCGGCCCAACGCCAUCCUGCAGGCCCUGAGGAUCCUCAUGGGCAAGCGUCAGUGGGAGAGGGUCACCCAGGUGGCGCAGCAGUUCUGCAAACAGAGCCCGCUGCUCAACAAGGAGAUUUUCACCUCUCUGCUGUGCGAGGUGGCUCAGCACCGGGAGCUGGACCCGUACCUGGAGCUACUGUGGGCUUUAUGCCCUGAAGACUUCACCGUCACCACUAUCCUCAAUCUGGUGCUCAAAAACCUUCCCUCCAGCUGCAGCGCCUCACCCCACACCCCUUUUGCAGACACCCACAGCAGCCAGCUAACCAUAGGGCACCUGAAGCCGCUGCUGAGAAAAGUUCUGCAGAGGGAGACGAAGCCCAGCCAGCGCUACGCCGACAUCCUCCAGUCCCCUUCAUACCCGCCUCCCGCUCUUCCCCGUCAGCCCGCGGAGCAGGCAAGCUCCAUAUUCAAUGGGAACGUGGACUCUUCGCUGUCUCUUCAAGCAGAAACAGAUGAACACACACCGCCUGCUAACACAAACACUCAGAGGUGCGAUGCGGUUCUGGCUGCUGCCCCGGUUGGAUUUACAUGAAACUGUACUAAGGAGGGAGAACUAAACGUGUCCAAACUGAAUGUCUUACUUUUAGCACAAAAAAAUAUGAAAAUGUUGAAGAUUCAUUGGUGUAUUACCUAACUGACGAAACUGAGUGGCUUUUUAAAAGGUUGUCAGUUGAAAUCUGAAAAGUGAAAUCUAUAAAAAUGACUACUGAAGAUCCUACGAGUGUAAAUAAUCCCGUUUAAUCCUUUGAUGUAAAUACAAAAUCCCCCAAAUUAUUUAUGUUUUAAACCUUCGCAGCAUAGGAACAAGACUGUUCUUAGCACCAGCCUAUUUAAUACCAUCCUUACUAAAUUAAAUUAAUAAAAUGUAUUGUAAUAAGACAAUAGAACUACUUGAGAAGUAACAUUUACUAAUCUGCUGAAUAAAUAGUCUGGAAAACAUAGAACAAGCUAAUUAGACAAAACCUUUUUUGUUUUACUAUUCUGCCUAUUUAAAACUCCCCAAACUGAAAAUGUUUAUAUUGAUCUGAUAUAAUGUCAUGUUAUAUUUAUUUACUUUCAUUUAUACAGGUAAUCUCAUCCCCUUAUUAGUGGAUAUUAACUACCUACACCUUCCCAAGCCUCACGCUGUUGUUACCGUCGCUGUUUACUCGAUGUCCUACGCCAAUGCAGCUAAAGUUAAUUUAACGGCUAAAAUAUGAUUAACUUUUGGCUUUGAAUUCCUCUGAGCAUCUUGUCUCUUUUUACAAACUUCCUGCGAUGAGACAGCAGCCCACUACAGGUGAGCGAACUGCAGCAUUUAAUAUCUUAACAAAACUAUGCCUUAAAAAGAGAUGGCCGCCACUCUGAAAGCUUCCUUCUCCUACAGGGUUAUUUAUCUCUUUAGCCUUAGCAUAUACUGGUGUCAAUGUGUUCAGUAAAUAUAAGUUGUAUUAGCAAAUAUGCAGUAUUUUAUUUAAAGAGCAGCAGGUUCAAAAGAAACUAAACAAAGAAAAUGCUUUUAGUUACAGCUGAGGUUAAAAGUGUUUGUCGUUUAACCUGGUAGGGAAGAUCUACUGUGAGUCUGUUUUUGUUUGUUCAAAACAAGGUGGGGUCAAGGUCCUUUUGCUGACUUUUAGUUUCACAUUCAAUAUGAAACUUGUUUAAACAUUAACUGGGCUUUAGGGAUAACCGACCUCUCCUUUUGCUAUCUUCCAUUUUCCUCUCCAGGCUCCAUUUUGUCCCCUCUAAACCCAACUCACGGGACAUUCCAGACUAAAUUCCCAGUAAAAUUGACUCACAUUUUGGACUUUAAAUUCAAUUUCAGCACUAAUCUAGUUGGGAUUCAAGCAUGUGUGAGUCCCUGCUGCGUAUGCCGUCCUUCAUGGGACCAAUGAGGAUAAUGUUAUUAGAGAUGACAGGCCUUUUUUCACUCUUUUCUCUGCACUUUUCUGUCACACUAGUCGGUACGGUUUGAUCUGAGCUGUGGAUGCUUCUGAUUAUAUUAAGAUUUUGUGUCUUUUAAGGUGUUUCAGUUGUUUAUGCAAAUGAAAACUGAUUGGAAAGAUUGUGUUUAUCUUAUUUUGUAAAUGAAUAUGGAAAGAUCCAUAUUUUUAUUUAUUUUGAAGCAUACUUUUAAAGUCUACUGAAACUGUCUAUGCUCUGUGUGGGGGAGGCCUGUCCCUCCUAUAUGCUGAAUGACAAUCAGAGUCGGUUGGUGCCUUUCAGACUGGUGUCACAUUUCUGCUGCAUCUCCUGAGGGAGAACCAGCAACACAGAACCUGAUCUAUGUGACCUCCUCCUCUCCUCACUUUUUAAAUUUGCUCUCAGAUUCCUCACUGUAGUGUCUUGAUUUUAACAAGCGUGAUAGAACCUGUCUGCUGAUCUCAGAUCAGUGUGCUCCCUGACUUCCCCCACACAGGUCGCUCAGACUGACUGCUGGAUGUUAGAUGCUAAAUCUGCCUUAAACUUUUCUGCUUAUUUUAAUUCCUUGUUUGUAUCAAUCACUUUGGCCAGUUAUCACCAAAGGACCAGAGUUAAACAAGUUUAAAGUAUUUAUCAGCAUAUGUUUCUAUGCUAUUAAAAGUGAAAAGUACAUUUCUCUCUUGCCACCUGAAA